UGGAAUCUCAGCGUCAUGAAGUCUUCUCUGCUGCGGCGGAAUUGCCGGACUCUCCUUAUUCCCUCAGUUAUAGAACUCUCUAUGCAUUCAGGGCUGGAGCUGCAGAUCACAGAGCUCCCGUGGUGACCCCUUCCUAUGUCUGCGGCAAUGGUGGGCGAAUCAUCCUGGCCGGGGUGUCUCGGAGUACAACUGUCGCGGUCGCCUAUCUGAUGACGGUGACGACCUUCGGCUGGGAAGAUUGUCUGGACGCGGUGAAGGCGGUCCGAUCGUACGCAGACCCCAACCUCGGCUUCCAGCAGCAGCUGCAGGAGUAUGAGGUGACGCUGGUGAAAGAGUACCGAUCUUGGCUGCGGCAGGAAUACGGGCGGGACCCUUUGAACGAUCAGGACCGGGUGGAGAAGUUGUUGUCGGAGCGAGCGCAGGCGGCGAGCCCGAGGGAGACGCAGGACCGAUGGGUGAACCAGCCGCACGCCGGGUACAUCUUACCGUACAAAGCCUACGGAGGGAGCAAGUGA